AUGCAUUUCUGCCUUCCUGACGUCUUCUCAGCACGAGCCACAAUUUACGCCUCCAAUGGGUAUUCACCUGUAGCACGAGAAAAAGCGAGUGAGAAGGAGGAAGUUUGUGAGGAAUCCUCAGGCGAGGAAUCAAAGAGUGGAAAUUAUUGGAAGCAAUUGUGGAGUUUGAUACUGGAAUCAUUUGCAAUACUUCGCACAGUUAACAUCACAUCAAUUCGCGCCUUCAGUCAGCAACCGUCAAGCUUUCCCUACUACUUCCUUCGGCCGGCAGUACGGAGGAGCGACGGAUUCAUUCACUUUCCGGAGCAACAGGUGCAGGUGCACUCGGUGGAGAUAAUUCACCGCGAUUCACCUCAUGAUUUCGCCACGUUCAACGAGACGGCAGUGGAGAACUCGACUUUAGCUCGCCUCUUCAAUAACUCCAUCCAUUCCUCUGUUGUCCACGACAACUUCACACACAAUGCCACGGAUUAUUUUGGCCAGCCACAGAUACCUGCCUAUAUUCGCACCACAGCGAUGGUCCUCUGCAUCCUCAUCCUAUGCCUGGGUGUCAUUGGCAACAUCAUGGUCCCCAUCGUCAUUCUGAAGACGAAAGACAUGCGAAACUCCACCAACAUCUUUCUCACCAAUCUCAGUAUUGCCGAUUUAUUGGUCCUCCUCGUUUGCACACCGACCGUUCUCGUGGAAGUCAAUACGCCACCGGAAACAUGGGUUCUCGGUCAAGAAAUGUGCAAGGCAGUGCCGUUCGUGGAACUCACCGUGGCUCAUGCGAGUGUCCUGACCAUCCUGGCUAUUUCCUUUGAGCGCUACUACGCCAUCUGCGAGCCCCUGAAGGCAGGAUAUGUGUGCACCAAGGCUCGAGCCAUUCUUAUUUGCAUCACGGCAUGGAUAGUCGCGGCGCUCUUCACAAGUCCGAUACUAUCCAUAGCGACCUAUACUAACGAGACGUAUGUGGACGGAAGUGAGGUGGCUGUGUGCAUGACGGCUGCCGACAAGCUCUGGCCCGCCUCCUUCUUCGUCGGCAGCAUCGUGCUGUUCUUCGUGAUCCCUUUCCUUAUCCUCGUGGUGCUGUACUCGGUGAUUGCCCGCCACCUCAUGAACAAUCCCGGACUGAUAUCGUAUGGCCAUCGCCAUGUGCUCAAGUACCGCAAACAGGUGAUUCUCAUGCUGAGCGCCGUGAUUUUCUCCUUCUUCGUCUGCCUCUCACCCUUCCGGGCCUUCACCUUGUGGAUCAUCGUGGUGCCACCCGAGGCCAUCAUGUCCCUGGGCUUCGAGGCGUACUACAAUCUCCUGUACUUCUGCCGGAUUAUGCUCUACCUCAACUCUGCCAUCAAUCCUGUCCUCUACAAUCUCAUGUCAUCGAAAUUCCGCCAGGGAUUCUUCUCCCUCCUGGGCUGCCAUCGAUUGGUGCGCAACAAAUUGCUGACGAGCACACGCAAGGGCACCUUCCACACCACCUCCACAAAUCUCAGCACUUCGAACAGCGGCGAUAAGCACCGGAGACAGCAGACGGAGAAGGAGUCCGCGGGAGGUGCGUCUGCGGCGUCCAAAGUGGCAGCACUCGCAAAUUUCGACGGGAGAGCAUCACAAUCGAAUUACGGGCAAACGGAGAUUGAUGUGGAUCUAUUUAGGUCAGCCGGACCACCCCCCAAUGUGGUGACAGUGAAUGUGGCCAGAGCCGAGUCGCUCGAGGGCAAGCAAGUGGACUGUAGUGGCAACCUGUUGAACAGCCACCACCACGAGUCCCGAGUGAAGUUCAGAGACAGCCCCCAAGUCGGGGAUUCCAGUCACGCAGAUGCCGCGCAGCGUGAGAAGGAGACCCUCAUUCCACAGUGCAACGGAAUUGAUGAUGCCCAUUUGCAGUUUGACUUUGAGGCACUGCCGCGGCUCAAGAAGGAGAGCUUCGUGUAG